AUGGCGAGAUAUCGACUAUACACAAAUAUACAAAAAUUGCAUUCGACUGAAGAAUGUACGAUCGUUCUUGAUAUUACUCAACGAGAUUUUCGAUCAAAUCCUUCAUUAAAUCUUUAUGUUAAACAUUGGUUUAUUGAUAUUGAUGAUUUUAUUGAUUUUAUUCUUAUUUCAACUUAUACUAAAAUAACUCUCAUUAUUUCUUCUCUUUUGGCUAAUAUCGUAUGUUAUAUUAUUCAUCCUAUUUUUCCUCAAAUUAUUCGAAUUAUCAUUGUUGGUGAUUGUUCAUGUCGUUGUGAACAUGUUGAACACUUUGAUGAUAUGCAAUCACUUGUCGAUAGUAUUUAUAUCAUCAUUCAACAACGACGACGCUUGUAUAUUGCAUUCGAUUUAUGGCCAGUUGAACGAUCAUCGCAUGAUUUAAAUUUAGAUACAGCUAAAUUUCUCUGGUACAAAUAUUAUUUCAAUAUUCUUCCACGUUUAAAAAAUACAUCUGUAGCACGACGUGAAAUGUUAGAAUGUAUACGAGUAUUUCAUAAGCAACAAGUUGAUACAGUUAAAAAGAUAUGUGAAGAAUUUGAACAAACGUAUAAAUCUCAAGAUAUUCUAAAAUGGUAUACUCGGAAUUCUUUUUGUUAUCUUCUACUAAAUCGAACACUUCGUUCCGAAGAUAUUAAUCAUAUUUUUUCUAUGCGCUAUAUAAUUGAUGAUUUAGAAAAUUGCUUUGUACAAAAUUGUUAUCAAUACAUAGAUAAUCCGAUUCAUACUGUAUAUCGUGGUCAACAAAUACAUCUAAGUGAAAUUCGACAGAUAGAAAUGAAUGUUGAUGGUCUAAUUGGUUUAACCGGUUUUUGGUCGACUUCACGAUCACGGGAUAUUGCAUUUCGUUUUACUGAAAUCUGGCCAGAAAAUCGGCCAGAUCCAGUUGAACGUGUUCUUUUUACUAUUCGAAUUCCUUCUCAUAUUCAACAAACUGUUUUUAUGGAUAUAUCACAAUUUAGUACAAUUGAAUGUGAAUUAGAAGUUUUAUUUUCAUUUCGUUCUUUAUUUCGAGUUGAAAACGUUGAAAGAAAUUCACAUGAUAAUAUUUGGUAUGUUGAUUUGACUCUUAUCGAUGAGAAUGAUAAUCAAUUUCUAUCGAUUAUACAACCAUGGUAUUUAAAAACAAAAAAUAUUAUCAGUCAACGAUCAUUCUUUAUAUCAGAAAUUGAACAACCGAAACAAGAUUUCUUUCGUAAUUUAACGGAUCAUAGUGUCCCUUUUCUUGCCUUUCGAUUACUUAUUGAUAUGAUGUUACGAUUAGAUCGAACAGAAUUUGCUCGUGAUGAACUACUUGAAGUUUGUCGAGAAAGAUAUUUAAAUGAUUCGAUUGAAUUAAAACGAAUUGAUUAUUUUGAACAAACAUAUGAUGCAAAAAAUGCAAUAAAAUGGUAUACAACAGAUUGUUUUAUCUAUCGAAUAAUUAAUGAAUCAUUAAGAAUUGAAAGUAUUGAUUUAAUAUUUAAAUUAAGAUAUUUUAUCAAUGAUCUUCAUAAUCAACUUGCUCAAAUGCAAAUUGAUUUUCUUCGUCUAUUACCAUCAAAUGUAUUUAUUUUAACACUCUAUCGUGGUUUAACAAUGGAUUGGAAUCAACUCGAAGAAUUGAGAAGAAAUAAAGGGAAUCUUGUUUCAACAAAUUCAUUCUUAUCGACAACAAAUGAUUAUGAAGCAGCGCGUUUCUUUGCCGGUGACGGAAAUGUAGAUAGAGAUUAUGUUUCAGUUAUAUUUGAAAUUUCUGUAAAUACCAAAGUCAAACAUUCUAUACCGUUUGCUAAAAUUGAUUAUCAAAGUAUUUUUAAAGAUGAAGAUGAAGUUCUAUUUUCAAUUGGUGCUGUUUUUCGUGUUGAUGAAACAGAAGAAAUACGAGAACAUUUAUGGAAAGUGAACUUAACAUUAACACAAAUAGAAGAUGAACAAUGGAAUAUACUGACAGCUCAUUUAAAUCCUAAAUAA